AUGCAGGCGUUUGCAAACACAGAGAGGCAAAAUCAAACAACUGUUUCUGAAUUCAUACUCUUGGGAUUUGGAGAGCUCCCCAACCUACACAUUCUUCUCUUCUUGUUCUUCCUAAUAAUCUACUUGACAACCAUAACUGGGAACCUCCUGAUUGUGUUUUUGGUUAUGACUAUUCAAAAUCUUCAUACUCCCAUGUACUUCUUCCUGGGGAACCUUUCCUUUUUGGAAUCCUGCUACAGCUCAACUAUCUUGCCUAGAAUGUUGACUGGACUACUGACCCGUGAAAACACUAUAUCUAUAAAAAACUGUUUCUUACCAUUUUUUAUCUUUUCUUGCUUGGGAGGUUCUGAAUGCUACCUCUUGUCUGUGAUGUCUUAUGACAGAUACUUAGCAGUAUGUAAGCCAUUACAUUAUGCCACAAUCAUGAAUAGUAGGUUGUGCCUACAGUUAUCAGCUGUAUCUUGGGUAAGUGGAGUAUUAGUUGGCACAAGCAUCACUGUCAGUGUAUCACAGCUGUCUUUCUGUGGCCCCAAUGUAAUUGAUCAUUACCUCUGUGAUUUAUCUCCAGUCAUAAAAGAAAUCUCCUGCAGUGACACUUUCAUUGUAGAAAUGUCUGCAUUCAUAUUUGCCUGUGUAUUCACCCUCCCUCCCUUUAUACUCACAGUGAUAUCCUACAUCUUCAUCAUUGUUACAGUCUUCAGAAUCCCAUCUGCCAUUGGGAGGCAAAAGGCUUUCUCUACCUGUUCAUCUCACCUCACGGUGGUUGCCCUGUUUUAUGGAACACUGAUGCUUGUCUAUAUGCUUCCCCGGUCCACAAAUCUUAGAUAUGUGAAGAAAAUAUUUUCCCUGUUUUAUACGGUCCUCACACCCAUGGUCAAUCCUCUGAUAUACAGCUUGAGAAACAAAGAGGUGAAGGAUGCUCUGCAAAAAGUUAUCAGUAAGCUCAUAAUCUAUACAAUAUUUCAGAAAUCCAGUUUUUAA